AUGACGGAGACGCCGCCAACGCCAACAACGGCCGCGGUUCGCAUGGCCCGACAAGCCCAGAUCGGGGCCCGCCCAUCGCCGCGGCCUCCCGAGCGGCACGCCGCCAAGACCUCCGGCGAGCUCCUCCGCCCAGCGGCCACCGCAGCCACCGCACAUGCCCACCAUCACGCCGCCGCGAGCACGGGGCCGCCGCCCGCGCACCACGUCGAAGCUCCGCGGCCGCCGGGAGCACCUCGCCGCGGCCGCCGCCGCUGCCGGGGGCACCGCCCGGCACUUCACCACCCAGCUGCAGCAGCACCUCGACGGCCGGGGGGCCCGCGCCGGCCAACCGCCGCGCCCCCGGCCGGCCCGCCGGCCCGGAUCUGGCCGGCCGCCACGACCGCCGGAUCCCCACACGCCACCGGCGGCCGGAGAGCCGCCGCUCCCGCCAGCGGCCACGCCGCGAGCACGCCGCCGAAGCCACCGCACGACGCCGCGCCCGCCGCCCUGGCCGCGCCCGAGCGAGCUCCUCCUCGCCAGGGACGCGGGAGGGGAAGAAACUCCCCGCCGCCACCUUCCUCGGGUAGAGCGCGGCUUUGCCGGCCCCCCUCCGGCGGCGGCGAGGCAAGGAAGGGAGGAGGUGGGGGGGCUAAGGCGGCGGCGGCUAGGUUUGCCCCCCGGCCGCCAGAGGAGGGCGACGCGAGGGGUUACCUGAGAUAG